AUGACUAUGGCAAGUGAUCUUUCAAAUUCAUUUAUGAGAACAGUGUCCUUUGUGGAGCGGAUUGAAGUGGAGUUUCAUGGCAAUGUUAUCUCACAGGCCAUGGUUCUGGCUGAUGUGGAUAAUGAUAUGGCUAAUGAAUUGGUUGUUGGGAACAUUGAUGGCCAGGUGGCUAUAUUCAAAGGCAUGUCACCUCAGCCGUGGAGAAAGAUGGCAGUUAGUGGAAUGCUGACAUGCCUUGCUGUAGGAGAGAUCCAUUUACCUAAAAAGAAUAGCCUUGUAUGCAUGACCGCUGAGGGCUGGUGCUAUGUCUAUGAUGUUCCAUCGCACAUAUCUACACAGAGUAUGUGUACUGCUGAAGAGGACUCAGAGAGUGGCCAUGUCAAACCUUUUUUCACUCAAGAGUUACCAGCUAAUGCAAGAGUUAUGUGCCUUGCUGAUAUUGACUCAGAUGGCCGUGUAGAAAUGGUGAUAGGAUAUUCAGACAGAGUUGUUCGAGCUUUUCGGUGGCAUGAGUUGCCAGAUUCUGACAAUGGACACUUCUUGCUUAUACAAAGAUGGCAGUUAGCAGGGCAGAUUGGAAGCAUAACAGUGAAUUUCAACCAAGACCACCAGCUUGAACUCAUGGUGUCCCAGCCUGGAGCAACAUUUGUUUCCUUGCAAGUGCGGCAAACAUUCCGACACAUCAAGUCUGACAGUUACCUGGACAGGAUGUCUGAAAACAAAACCGAUCAUCCUCUUGAGAGAAGCGGCAGCUUCAUCACACCAGGAAAACAUGAUGGUUCAACAGCUUCUUAUAUGCAUAACUUGCCUGGGCAUGUUAAUAUAUCCAAAUCUGAAAUUUUCUCAAACAAAUCAGACACACUAUCAUACAACUCCGACGCCUCCAACAGAUCGGCAGAAAAUAUUUCAGUCAAGUCCAUGGACACUACAUUAAACAAAAGUGGUAACAAACAACAAAAACAUGAUGGUCAGUCUAUCAGAAAUGAAGUGGUCAAUAGGAGUGGAAAGGCAGACACUUCACCUGAGAAAAAUGAAGUAACGCUGGCAAGGCCUGGCAGAAAAUUAAGCCUAGAUCGGCUGGAGAAUGUUUCUCUGGUGAAACUCAUGGACAGUCCUAAAGAUUACCCUGAAAACGUGUUGGAGAAGUCUAUAGGCAAGCUCAGCUCGAUUCCUGAUUCUCCUUUUGACAUAAUCUACCACCCCCUGGCCCAUAUGCAGACCCGAAAUAAGGACACCAGUACGCUUAUCAUUGGUGGCAUCAGCAGGGGCAGAUCAUCCCACAGCCCAGGCUCUGAUACUGAUCCCUGUCCUCAGCCAAUGUAUUAUGCAUUAGCUACACUUGAUGGGUCAUUAAUCCUGGUAGAGAAUGAUACCAUCAUCUGGUCACUUCAAGUUGACCACUACCUGUUUGCCCUGACAAAGCUGGAUGUUACCGGCAAUGGUAAAGAAGAAGUAGUUUGUUGCUCUUGGAAUGGCCAGACUUAUAUUGUCAACCACAGCAAGGAAAUUGUUCGCUAUCAUUUCCCAGACAGUGUGGCUGCCUUUUGUGCUGGCUAUUUUUCUCUACGAGAUCGCACCAAUGCCCCAUGUUUUGUGUAUGCCACUUUCAACAACCGGAUAUACAUCUACCCUAAUAUCACUUUACCUCAAGUGGAAUCCACUAACUUGGUCAAAGUGUUGAGUAAAAAACCAGAAACCAGUGAACUCCUUCGUAAGCUAAAUAUUAAUGCUGAUGAUGUUGAUUCAUUACAAAAGCUUUAUCGCUGGUGUCUAUAUGGCUAUCCAAGAAAGUCCCAGGGUUAA